AUGGAGCAAUACCAAAGGGCGCUUGAGAUCAAAUUAAAGGCACUUGGACCGGACCAUUCCUCAACUGCAAUAGGAUAUGACAGCAUUGGAAACCUCUUCAGAGAUCAAGGCAAGUUCGAGGACGCAAUGGAGCAAUAUCAAAGGGCGCUUGAGAUCAGAUUGAAGGCACUUGGACCCGACCAUUCCUCAAUUGCAUCGACAUGUCACUGUAUUGGAAACGUCCUAAGCGAUCAAGGCAAGCACGAGGAGGCAAUGGAGCAAUACCAAAGGGCGCUUGAGAUCAAAUUGAAGGCACUUGGACCGGACCAUUCCUCGACGGCAAUAACAUAUCACAGCAUUGGAAACCUCUUACACAAGCAAGGCAAGUACGAGGACGCAAUGGAGCAAUACCAAAUCGCUUGA